GGCCCCCUCUCCGGCCUCGGGGCGCUCGGCGGGGCGCCGGCGGCGAGGGGCCGCCCCGCAGCAGCGGUCCCGGUCCCAGUCCGGCCGCGGGCAGCGCUGAGCUUGUCCUGCCCUGCCCUGCCCUACCCUGCCCUACCCUACCCUGCCCUGCCCUGCCCCGCCGUGUGUCCCCUGCUGCGGACGGGUGGGCGGGCGCGGCGUGCCCGGGGACUGCGGCGUGGGCUCUCCGGUCCCGAAAGACCCUUUGUCCUCGUAUGUGAGCAAGAAGCUUGAAGUCCUCCUUUGGUGAACUGGAAAUUCAAUUUUUUAAUGUUCCUUCUUCAUUCUCCAGUUGUGACUGGAAAACCAUAUCAACCUCUUGCAAGAUCAGAGAACACACCCUGGAGCUGAGGCACAGAAGCUGAAAGAUUCAUUCAGUGGUGUAUAAGAAAUGUGCAAUUGCAGAUCAAGACCCAGUGUUGGCUGUGAAAAACAUUACCAUCACCAAUGAAUGGCUUGAUCUUCACUCUCAGCUCCAGAUGACCUGUUCUGUUGUUCAUAAGGAUGUCGUCUGUUACUGAAAAUGGAGACGUUACUGCUGGAAAGCCAAAUGAAGAGAAAACAUAUAAAAAGACUGCAUCCUCAGCUAUUAAAGGUGCUAUCCAGUUGGGAAUAGGAUACACAGUAGGAAAUCUUACUUCAAAACCAGACAGAGAUGUUCUUAUGCAAGACUUCUAUGUAGUGGAAAGUGUCUUUCUACCAAGUGAAGGGAGCAAUCUUACCCCUGCUCAUCAUUACCCUGACUUCAGAUUUAAGACAUAUGCACCUCUUGCCUUCCGCUAUUUCAGAGAACUUUUUGGUAUCAAGCCUGAUGACUAUUUGUACUCAAUCUGCAGUGAACCUUUAAUUGAAUUAUCCAACCCAGGUGCCAGUGGGUCUUUAUUUUUUGUAACUAGUGGUGACGAAUUCAUCAUCAAAACAGUUCAACACAAAGAGGCUGAGUUUCUUCAGAAGCUCUUGCCAGGUUAUUAUAUGAAUCUGAACCAGAAUCCAAGGACUCUUCUUCCCAAAUUUUAUGGGCUGUACUGCGUUCAGUCAGGAGGCACUAAUAUUAGAAUUGUUGUCAUGAACAAUGUUUUGCCACGAGCCUUGAAAAUGCAUUUCACAUACGACUUGAAAGGCUCCACAUACAAACGCAGAGCAUCAAGAAAAGAGAGGGAGAAGUCCAACCCUACAUUCAAAGACCUGGAUUUCCUGCAAGAUAUGCAUGAAGGGUUGUAUUUUGACUCUGAAACACACAGUGCACUCAUGAAAACACUACAACGGGAUUGUCGAGUUCUAGAAAGCUUUAAGAUCAUGGAUUACAGUCUGCUUCUGGGGAUCCACAUAUUGAACAGUAACAUGAAGGAAAGAGAAGGAGAGUGUUCUCAGAGUGCAUCAGAUGCAAAACGCCAUGGAGGGCAGAAAGUUCUCUAUUCCACAGCCAUGGAGUCUAUACAGGGCCCUGGGAAGUCUGGAGACUCCGUCACCACCGAGAAAACAAACACAAUGGGAGGUAUUCCAGCAAAAAGCCAUAAAGGUGAAAAGCUGCUUUUAUUUAUGGGAAUUAUUGAUAUUCUCCAGUCUUACAGGUUAAUGAAGAAGCUGGAACAUUCUUGGAAAGCUCUUGUUUAUGAUGGGGAUACUGUUUCAGUUCACCGACCAAGUUUUUAUGCAGACAGAUUUUUAAAGUUUAUGAAUGCAAGAGUUUUCAAAAAAGUUCAAGCUUUAAAGCCUUCGCCUUCAAAGAAACGGUGUAAUUCCAUCACAGCCCUAAAGGCAGCAUCACAAGAAAUAGUGUGUGCAGUUAGCCAGGAGUGGAAGGAUGAAAAGCAUGGCAUUCUUGCUGAAGGACAAAGUUAUGCCAGCCUUGAUGAAGAAGUACUGGGUUCACACCACCGGCCAGAUCUAGUGCCAAGCACUCCGUCUCUCUUUGAAGCAGCUUCCUUGGCAACCACACUUUCCUCUUCUUCCUUGAAUGCAGAUGAUCGCUGUCAACGUGAUCAAUCUACACUCUCUUCGAGCAGUAAAGGGUUACCUUCAAGUUCAACAUUCACUUUGGGAGACAGUGCCAUCUAUUUGACUUCAGAACAGAGCACAUUGGAAAUGGAAAAUGAUAAUGCUUCAGUUUUGGAUGUCUACUUAUAACAAAGAAUCUAUGAAGAGUAAAACUAAGGGAAGUGACCAUGGUUAAUGAAGAGCACUUUCUGCACUCCUUGUUUAAGAAGGAGGAAUUUGCUGAGCCUAACAGACAAAGAGAAAUAAACAGAACUAAUUCUAAGAAGUGCCAGGAUCUUUGAACCAUAGAAUGAAUUGAUGGACUUGACAAAAAUGACAUGAAACAUUCCACACUCUGCUGUCAUCUGUCGUCGCUUGCUCAACUGUGAAGAACUGUGUAUUCAGGCUGCUUUCUACAAUAUUGCCAAUCACCUUUUUUGGACUCUGAAGUGAUAUUUUCCUAUCAGCUCUCUAGUGGUUUCAUUUGCAUGCAUUCUGUAACUAUGCACAAGCAAAAUCUAUUAUCUACUUUAUCUAUUUAAAAGUAAACACAGGGGUGAAUAAAAUAAAUUUCAUUUUUCUGACCCACUCCAUUCUAAUCACUUAGGUCCACAUCAGUGGAAACUGGAACUGAUGUUGUAUGAGGGUUAGGGCAAAUCUCUGCACACACCAUACGAAAAUGAGCCUCUAAAGAUACUUUCACUGUUGGUAAAAAGGAGAUGAAAUUGUUAUUUAUAACAAGGCCUUAUGUUGUGUACAUAUAUUGUCCUUGAAAUAUUUUUGAUUUUACUUUAUUUCUUGUAAAAGAGAAAUUCUAUAAUUUAUUUAGAAAAUACUACUGUAAACUAUAGUUUUAUUGAUGAAUAAAAGAUUUUAUUCUGAAGACUA